AUGGACUCUCUUUUUGAUGACAAUUGUAUUACAGCAAGACUAGACGACGUCCAAUACAUGACUAGUCUGGGUCUCGAAAGCAAUAUUGGGUCCGCUGCCAAAGACAAAGUGUUCUUCUAUCAUCGAGGUGUGAAAGAUUUGAGCUCCCGGAAGGUUAUUCUCAUAUUGCUUCAUGGAUAUCCUCAAACGUGAGAGUUCUUCCGAGCUGAAAAGUCGUAUAAUAUCAACCUAUAGUAGAAACUUCAUGUAAGGUUAUAAACUGAUAAAUUCCAGUUCCCAUAUACUAUCUUCCCAUAUACUGUCCGUUUCUACUAUUGAGCAGUUCCUGAUUCCUGGUCUAGAUGGAGACACGUGAGUUGUCCGUAACACAAUGCAUAUUUACACCUCUAACAAUAGCACAGGUAGUAGCUCUGCUUCCAAAAAAGAUUCCUCUAUUCAUUCCAGAUGUUUGACCCCGACCUAUCUUGUUUAUCAAACAAUCUAACACUCACGGCUGCCUGGAUAUGGCCGGUCCUCUCCUCUGUCCAUCCCUCACGAUAAACGCGAUGUCGGCCAUGCAAUCCUCAAGGCUCUAUACCAAAUCCUCUCACCAUCCAACGAGCCAAUACCCAUCAUCCUAGCUGGACAUGACCGCGGAGCCCGAGUGUGCCACCGUCUAGCUGUCGAUGCUCACUCUUUAUCACGGUCCACUUUCAAAGGCACCAUUUUAAUGGACAUAGUUCCCACGAUCAUCCAAUGGAAGUCCUUUGCGGACUCUGCAGCUGCGGUAGACAGUUAUCACUGGCCACUUCUCGCAAACGUCGAUCUGGCAACCGCUAUGAUGAAGUCCUUAGGCGCAGAAACAUUCAUCAAAGCAAAUAUCGAAAGAUGGGCUGGCAGUAAUGCCACUGCGGUUGCGAGAUUUAAUGAACAGGAUGCCAAGAGUGUUUAUGCGAGCUCCUUCAAAUAUGACUCGGUCAUCAGAGCUUCUUCUGAUGACUACCGAGCCGGAGCAUUUGAGGAUAUCACUCAACAGGAGGAAGAUCAAAUAGCAGGCAAGAAAUUGGAUGUCGAUGUUCUUGCACUUUUCUCGGCGGGGUAUCUUGGUAGUAGGUAUAAUGUCGAGGAAGUCUGGCGAGAGUGGAUGGGAAGCGGAGUCUUGGAGGUAAAUGGUUUUGGUGGUGGAGUUAGGCAUUUCAUUGCGGAGGAGGCACCGGAAAAGACGUCGGAGGCGAUCCAGAGGUUUUAUGCUCGACAUGGAUGA